AUAAAUAUAGCAAUCAAGGUUGAGACUCUCAACCCUUCUUAUCAACUCAAUAAUUUUCUUUAUUGAUAAAAUAAAAAAAAAUCCUCAUUCCUAUUUUUACUUCACUCUAUUUUUCCUCACAUACCCUUCAUCCUUCUUCCUCAAUAAAAUAAAUAAAUAAAGCUCGUCACCGUCGCCGACUUAGAGCUCUUAAACACUCACAAAUGGCAUCCACUUCUCUUGCUUUCCCUUCUUUACAACCGCAGUUUGGAUUAUCCAGAAAACAUAGUAACAGUUCUAACCGCCGACGUCUCGUUGUUCUUCCAAUCUCUGCCUCCGUUUCCGAGAAACCUUCUGUUCCCGUUCAACCGCCCAAAGUUCCGGCCACCGCUUCCAACAAACUUCCCACUAGAAAAAUCCCAGGAAACUAUGGUCUCCCUUUUAUUGGUCCAAUUUUUGAUCGGUUGGACUUUUUUUAUAAUCAAGGAAGAAACGAGUUCUUCAAAUCGCGGGUCCAGAAAUACCAGUCAACGGUUUUCAGAACCAAUAUGCCUCCAGGUCCAUUUAUCGCUUCCAACCCUCGUGUCGUCGUCUUACUCGACGGAAAGAGUUUUCCGGUUCUGUUUGACGUCAGCAAGGUUGAAAAGAAGGACCUUUUCACAGGAACGUAUAUGCCCUCCACUGAACUCACGGGCGGUUACAGAAUCCUAUCGUAUCUGGACCCGUCGGAGCCCAAACACGCCAAGCUUAAGAGCCUUCUCUUCUUCAUGCUCAAGGCUCGUCGCGACAUGGUGAUUCCAGAGUUCCAUUCCACUUACACGGAGCUUUUCGAGACCUUAGAAAGUGAUCUUGCCGCUAAAGGGAAGACCAACUUCGGCGACGCCAACGAUCAGGCCGCGUUUAAGUUUUUGGGUCGGGCUCUGUACGGGGUUAACCCGGCCGAUACUAAACUCGGAUCCGACGGUCCAAAGUUGAUCCAGAAAUGGGUGGUGUUCAAUCUUCACCCCAUUCUCGUUUUGGGUCUUCCCAAACUGAUUGAAGAACUGGCGAUCCACAGCUUCCGACUCCCAUCAUUCUUGGUGAAAUCCGAUUACCAGAGACUCUACGAUUACUUCUACGAAGCAGGGAGUUACGUCCUUGACGAAGCCGAGAAAAUGGAAAUCUCGAGAGAAGAAGCAUGUCAUAAUUUGAUAUUCGCCACGUGCUUUAAUACCUUUGGCGGAAUGAAGAUCCUCUUCCCCAAUAUGCUCAAGUCGAUCGGACGAUCCGGGAUCAAACUCCACACCCAAUUGGCCAAAGAGAUCAGAGACGCUGUCAAAUCCAACGGAGGGAAAGUUACGAUGGCUGCCAUGGAACAGAUGCCCUUGAUGAAGUCCGUCGUGUACGAAUCAUUCCGAAUCGAACCACCAGUCCCGUUGCAGUACGGAAAAGCCAAGAAGGAUCUGGUGAUCGAGAGCCACGACGCUGCUUUUGAGGUCAAAGAAGGAGAAAUGUUAUUCGGGUUCCAACCGUUUGCGACCAAAGACCCGAAGAUAUUCGACCGACCCGAGGAGUUCGUUCCGGAUCGGUUCGUGGGCGAGGGCGAGAAGCUUUUAAAGUACGUGCUCUGGUCAAACGGGCCCGAAACAGAGUCUCCCUCGGUGGACAACAAGCAGUGUGCUGGGAAGGACUUCGUGGUGAUGUUCGCGAGGCUGUUCGUGGUUGAGUUAUUUCUUCGUUACGACUCUUUCGAUGUCGAAGUAGGAACUUCACCGUUGGGGGCUGCCAUUACUUUGACUUCACUGAAAAGAGCAAGCUUCUGAGUUUUGGAGAGUUCUUUCAUCUACGAUCCCACCCACCCGGUGACCCCUAUCGUAUCACACCAGUGAUUUUUUCUGUUAUUUUCAGGGGUAAAGUUGCCAAAAUAAAAAAUAAAAAAUAAAAAAUAAAAAUAAAAAAUCUUUAGUGGAGGAUUAGAGGUGGGGUCAGCGUGGUCCACUUCUGUAGUGGACUUUUAAUUUCACGACGACGAUGAUGAUGAGAUAUAUGUACGCUGUUACAUCUUCUUAUGUUUCUCUUUUUAAAUUAUAUCAGUAUAUCUUAGCUAACCCUAUUCCCACCAUAUGGUAUAGUAUAAGGGAAUAUCUCUGUCUUUUGUAUAUUUUUUUUUCUUUCAGUAAUGUAUUAUUCAUCUGACGCCUUAGAUUUGCUUUA